CUAUUGGUUUGCAUUUAAAUAGAGCAGCCAAAAGAGAAACUCCCCCUCUUCUCUGCACUGAGAGAAAAGAAACAGAAAAAGUUUGUUGAUGAAGAAUUGAAGAAGAACAUAAUGAGCUACAAGAAAAUCAGCCUCCUUUUCCUCAUCAUUUCUGCAGCUCUUUUUUCCACUUCUUUUGCAGGCCGAGUUCGUAAAUCGGUGUUGUCAAAUAUAGUGAGCACAAGUUAUGAGGAUUUGGAAUCGUGGGAGGCAGUAAGGCACGAUGAAGAGAGUGAGAUUCAUGGAAGAGUUCUAAAAGUGAAAACAAAUGAUUAUGGAAGAUAUGAUCCUUCGCCUUCUUUCGUCAAGCCUCCUUUCAAACUCAUUCCUAACUAAUAUUUAAACUCAAUAUCUCCACCCACAUCAUCUUAUAAUAUAUAUAUAUAUACUCCUAUGUAAUGUGAAUCUAUAUAGUUAAUUAGUGUGUCACAAAUAUAUAUAUAGUAUUGAUGAAUCCCUUCUUCUCUUGUAAAACGUAUGUCUACGCAUGUACACUGGUAUCAUGAAUGUUGGGUUUUGUUUGUUA